CAUUUUUUUGACAUUUGUUUUGUGAAGUUGAGAUAUCCCUGUGUCUCGCUUGCUUGUAAUUAUUGAAAAACUGAAAUUUAUAUAAAUAAAGUGCACUAUGGCUCCAAAAAAUAUCGAAGACGUUGACUUGUAUGCUGUUCUCGAUGUUCCAAUAACAGCUACAGAAUCAGAGAUUAAAAAAGCUUAUCGCAAGAAAGCUCUACAAUGCCAUCCUGACAAAAACCCUGAUGAUCCUAAGGCUGCAGAAACUUUCCACGCAUUAUCACAGGCCUUAGAAAUAUUGACGGAUGUCUCCGCUCGUGCUGCCUAUGACAAAGUUUUAAGAGCCAAAGCUGCAGCCAAACUUAGGCACCAAGAGUUAGACAGUAAGAGACAAAAGCUCAAAGAAGAUUUGGAAAGGCGGGAAAAAGAAGCAGAGACAGGGAAAGGAACUUGUAACCUCACAGAUGAACAAAAACUAGCAGCUGAAAUAGAGAGACUGCAGAGAGAAGGUAGUAGACUGUUAGUAGAAGAACAGCAAAGGAUGAAAGCAGAAAUACAAAAAACAAUGGGCAUCUUGAAAGAACCUGUGUGGGAUUCAAGUCUUAAUAGAAUUAAGAUAAAGUGGAAAGUGGACAAAACUGACCCAAGUAACGGUGGCUAUGAUGAAGCUACACUUAGAAGAUUUUUGAAGAAGUAUGGUGAUAUUGUAGUGUUAAUUAUGUCUCCUAAGAAGAAAGGGAGUGCCUUAGUAGAAUUUGCAACUAAAGAUGCAUCAGAAAUGGCUUUAGAACUAGAGAAAGGAUUACCAGAUAACCCAUUAGAAUUGAAAUGGUUGAAUGAGAGACCAGUAUUAACAACAAAAAAGAAGGAUGUUACCGGGCCAUCGGUAAUUUCUGACAGAGACUAUGAAUCUCUAGUUUUAACAAAAAUGAGGCAAGCUGCAGAAAGGCAGAAGUUAAUAGAAGAAAUGUUGAAAGAGGAACAGAAUAAAUCAUGAUAAACAAUA